AGCACAUUCCCGAAGCUGGACCGGCUCCCCUCAGGCCAUGCACUCGCGCGUUUUCGCGUAUUUUCAGUUCUGUUCCGAUCACUUACUUUUUUUCCUAAACGACGUUGGUGACUCCCUGGAUGACUGCGGGGUCCCAGGGCGAUGGGUCAUACAGUCCCAGUGUGGGCGCCCCGGACGGAGUAGAGGCAUGGCCACGACUCGGCAGACGGUCCCCAGACACGUGCCGGGGGCCAAACGUGGGUCAGUCCGGUCCAGUGGGGGCUUAGCCUCCGUACUUACCGGCGUCUCAGCUCCUGAUGGUGCGGAAACCUGUCCCACAAUGUGAGGGCGUCCUCUCCGCAGAUCGGACGUUAAGCCGCUCCCAGGUGCACAAUGAACCCCAAUAUGAAGCAGAAGCAGGAAGGCACCCAUGGGCGCGUGCAGAGCAGUCCUGUCCCGAGGAGGACCCUGAAGAUGAUCCAGCCGUCCACAGCCGGGCCCCUCGUCGGCAGAGAGAACGAGCUGGUUAAAGGCUCGUUCAAACCGAAGCAUCGCAGUGACCAGUCGGCGUCUAAGACUUCCGGCUCUGGAGUCCCUGCUGUCCCGGAGCACGGGGAGAGCAAGGAGCUGGGAGGAGUUACCCAGGAGGCACUGGACCUCAUGGCUGCAGAAAACCCGUCCUCCCAGUACUGGAAGGAAGUGGCGGAGCAGCGGCGGAAGGCUCUCUAUGAAGCGCUGAAGGAAAACGAGAAGCUCCACAGAGACAUCGAGCAGAAGACCAGUGAGAUCGCCCGCCUGCAGAGGGAGAACCGGGAGCUGGCGGCGGUGGCGGAGCACGUGCAGUACAUGGCCGAGGUCCUGGAGCGGCUGAAAGGAGACGCUCUGGAGAGCUUCGAAUCGCCGGACAGCGAGGGAUCUGAUUCUGAGGAGGAGGCGGGCGAGGAUCCUGAGGCGGAGUUCCCGGCGAGGGCAGCCGUGUCUUCCUCCACGGACGCCCGGCCCGGCGCGUGAGCUGCGCAGAGACUCAGAAAAGACAUGCCCCAGGUACCGCCACGACGGUUCUUGGUGGCAGAGCAAAUAGCUGUGAAGCAGACGUUCUGUUUGAGCCCUGGGACCCUAUCGUGUUAAAAUACAAAUACGGUGUGUUUUAAUCUAUGGUGUUUUAUGUAAAUAACGUUUUCUCAGAUGUCAGACACAACUUGUGUACAUGAUAAAUAAACUUCGUUUCCUAGUGAGCAUA